UAUCUCCUGCAGCUGUAAAACCCCAGCCACUGGCUGCAAUACUGAUCUAACAAAGCAGAAACAUAGUGAAAGCGACUGCAAACUCUCCAAACCAUCACUCCUCUCCCCGAGCAGAUUUUACAUUAAGGAUUACACGUUCAUAGCCUUCAUAGGUACAGUAUGUACAAGCUCCGUCCUUUGUAGGAAACACCCAGAAACCAUUAUUCCACCCUUCUGAUAGUUGAUGACUGCUGUAGAAUUGGAAAUUUUGCCAUUGCAGCUUCUAUUCCCAGAUCCAGCCAUGUAUUUUCCAUACAGAGAGAACACUGCGUACCUAUUAAUCAUCUGCAGUAUUAUGACAUGUUCAGCUGUUAAUGCAGAAGAAAAGGAAGGUGAAAUUCUGCCUCCAACAAUUCAAAAGCUCAUGAAAGGAUACAACAAAUACCUACGUCCCUUUUUUGACAACGGACCUGUUACAGUUGGAAUGAGCUUGGACAUUGCCAGCAUUGACACAAUAUCAGAAAUAAACAUGGAUUACACAGCGACUAUAUUUCUAAGGCAGCGCUGGACAGAUGAAAGACUUUGCUUUGAAGGAAACAAGAGCCUCAGUUUAGACGGUCGGCUGGUGGAAUUACUUUGGGUGCCGGACACAUUCAUAGUAGACUCGAAAAAGUCCUUCCUGCAUGACAUCACCGUUGAAAAUCGUCUCAUUAGAAUUUAUCCAAAUGGAACAGUUCUUUAUGCGUUAAGGAUAACCACAACAGUUGCGUGCAGCAUGGACCUAACGAAAUAUCCGAUGGACAAACAAACCUGUACUUUGCAACUGGAAAGCUGGGGUUACAACAUUAAUGACGUUAUGUUUUACUGGACAAGAGGAAAUGAUUCUGUUCGAGGGCUGAAUACUCUGCGUCUGGCCCAAUAUACGGUGGAAGAUCAUUACACAUCUGUGUCCGAAGCUGUGUAUGAAACAGGUCGUUAUCCAAAGCUGGUGUUCCAUUUUGACCUGAAAAGAAACAUUUUGUAUUUCAUACUUGAGACAUACGUGCCAUCCAUCCUGCUGGUUGUACUCUCCUGGGUGUCCUUUUGGAUAAGUCAGUCGUCUGUGCCAGCUAGGAUAUGCAUAGGUGUAACUACAGUCCUAACCAUGACAACACUUAUGAUGGGAGCCAGAACAUCUCUGCCAAAUGCAAACUGCUUCAUAAAGGCAAUUGAUGUCUACCUUGGAAUCUGCUUCAGCUUUAUAUUCGGGGCUUUGUUAGAAUAUGCUAUUGCUCAUUUUUGUUCUCUUCAUCAACCUCACCAGAAGAAUUCAACUGUAAAGAAACUGGUUGAUGAAGAUGACGCAGACAUGAAUGGUACAAUAACUGCAGUGUCCGGUGGACAAAACCACCAAAAUGAACCCGCAGAUGAAAGCAGGAAUGGCAAACAAAUAAAAAGACCCCGGGAUUCAGUUCUGAAAAGAUUGCUGUGUGUAUUUUACUGUUUUCACGUGCAAAACCCACACCACAUAGACAACUAUUCCAGAUUAUCUUUCCCGCUAUCCUUUAUGAUCAUAAAUGUUAUUUAUUGGGUGUAUUAUUUGUAUUUUUGAAGGAUACGGAAGACUAUUUGUGAUUAUGUACAGUGUCUGACGUGUUGCCAUGAACAAGAAUAUUCUCCAUUGCCUACAGUAUUAUAUUGGAUUUUUGUGUCCCUUGAGUAAUGUAUUGUAAGAGCCAUGAACAAGAAAACAUUGAACAGUCAAAAUAAAAGUGACAUUCUUUUAAAACGCACGUUUUCCUAUUA